UCUCUUCCCCUUCCCGGUGUCUGUGGCUCUGCUACUCUUCCACUUCUACUCCGAUCUCUACUUACACUCGGUAAAAAGAAGAAGAGCAGUACAGAGAACAAGAAGUAGAAGAAGGAAGAGAAGGCAUUCUCGUACGAAGCGUCGGGUUCUUCUCCAAUGGAGGUGGUUAGUAGUGCGGCGCCACCGGAAACCCUUGACUGCUCCUCCUCGGGGGCGGCGGCGGCGGUGGCGACGGAAGCGACGGGGGUGAGGAGAUGGGAGGUCGACACGUCGACCCCCUUCGGUUCGGUGAGGGAGGCUGUGGAUCGCUUCGGGAGGAGAGCCCCGUGGAAGCCACAGCUCGGGCCGGUCAUCCUCCCUCCCGAGGAUCUUGAGCUUAUGAAAGUGGAGGAGCAGACUGUAAAGUUAGAGAUGGAUCUUAUUGUGAAGGAAAGAGAAACAUUUAAUGUGUUGAAAGAACUUGAAAUGACGAAAAGGAUUGUGGAUGGCUUAAAAUUGAGAUUACAGAAAGAAGCCUCGGAGGCCACUAAAAUUCCUGACAAAUAUUCAGAUAGUAUUAAGGUACAUCCACUUCAAGAUACUGAAGAAAAAUGGCCCAUAUAUUCUGAGAACCUUGUAGAUUCGGUAGGUCAAAAUAUAGGUACAAAGCAAUCUCCAGGAUUAAUUUUAAUGAAAUUGAAGCAGGCAAAGUUCAAUCUGAACAGGACUACUAGUGGUUUUGCUGGAACACGAUCUUCCAUAGAAAAGCUAAAGAGGGAAAUAAGGGAGGAGAAACAUUUGCUUGAGAAAACCCGUGAAAGAUUGAAUUCAAAUACCGAUAAGGUCUCAUGCCUAGAAGAAGAUCUAAAUAAGACAGUGAAGGCACUGCAAUUAUUUAAAGAUGCAAAGAAUAAACAUUGUGAAAAACCUUCAGACACAUUGAGUCGGAUCAAAGAACUUAGUUCUGAGAAGGAGAAGUUUAAAAGGAUGACAGAAGCUGCCAAAUCUGAAAUUUCAGGAUUGACUGCUGAAAUCGAACAAACAAAGUCAAGAAUAAAGACUGCCGAGGUCAGGGGUCUUGUAGCCAGGAAGAUGGAAGAGGCAGCCAAAUCAGCGGAAGCUGUUAUCCUUAAGGAAGUCAAAACCUUGACAGACAGUAAGCAUUCAGCUGUGCUUCUUCAAAAUUCUUCUGAAGUCACAGUUCCAGUUGAGGAAUAUGCUAUGCUAAUUCGCAAGGCUAAAGAGGCUGAUCAAAAUUCGAGAAUGAAAAUUGAAGCUGCUAUGCUUGAGGUAGAAGGAGCAAAGCAGUCUAAACUGGAACUACUAGAAAAGGUGGAUGAAGCUUUAGCAGAUGUUGAAACCAGUAGGAAGGCACUAGAAGACGCCCUAAGGAGGGAAGAGGCUGCAAACAGAGAGAAGCUUGCUGUUGAAGAAGUUUUUCGGAGAUGGAGGUCUGAACAUGGUCAAAAGAGGCGCUCUGUGAUUAACUCUACAAAAUUCAAGAACUACUCUUCGACUCCCUAUAGAAGAGGCUCGCAGUUGCUUGAUGUGAAUGGCUUGAGUUUGGUUACUGGUGGGUCAAGAAGCGUGCUAGGGCCGACAUUGUCUAUCGGCCAAAUACUGAGCAGGAAGCUGAUGGGCCCUGAAGAUUUUGAAAUGCAUGUAACUGAGAAAUUCAAAGGAAAGACUAAGGUUUCUCUGGGUCAAAUUCUAAGCAAAAAACAUGAUUUUUUAUCUUCUCCAAGGAUAGAUGAUGGUAUCGCUUGCAAAAAUUUCUCUACAAAGAGGAGGAAGUUUGGUUUUGCUGGUUUCUCACUUCUCUUGGUGAAAAAAAAUAAAAAUAAAAAGAAGAAGCAGGCUUGGAAUCCUCAACUAAGCUAUAAUGUCGAGCACAAGUAGCUAUUUGUGGCUUCAGCUUUUUCAGAACAACUAUUUCUGAGACCAACAAUUUAAUCUUAUUGCUUUUGUUCUCUGUAGAUUGCAACUUAGCUUCAGUGCUUGUAGGUCUGAACUUCUGUGUAAAUCUCAUGCU